CUGAAUGAGCCCUCCAGUUACCUGCCAGCCAUUCGGACUCAGACUCUGCGUGAUCCAGAUCCAAUGCAUGGAGUAAAAUCUCUUGAACAAACGGAAGCCAGACUUUGGAAUCCUUUCCUGAUGUACUUGGAGAACUCCGAGCAGAGUGAGGUCUCCGGGGACGGGGGGCUGUCUGCUGGGGCCAUGCUUGCUGAACAAUGCCCGGUUCCCAGUUUAACAGAAGCUGUGGAUUUAAGUGGCCCUUUAAAGGGAAGUGCCGAACUUGGCAUGCAAGUUUUUGUGGAAUUUACGGAGCAGACUGUCAGCAAGGAAAUGGACUCUUCUAUUGUUUGUCUGGAUAUCUGCAACAGGGGUAGAGAUGAGACCGCAUCGUGCACAUAUUGCAAUGGACACUGUGAGAGAUUUGAGCAAUACCCAGAAAGCGACAGGUUUUUCGAUUCCGACCAGAUCCUCGAUCAGUGUGAAACUCCUGGGUUAAGCCAAGCAUUUGAGAAAUGUGCUCACCACUGUGUGAGCUUUAAACCUCGCAAGUCUUCUGCGCACUCCGCUAAUCAUAGCUUAGCUUCCGAAUGUAGUUGUUGCUGUGAACAGUGUGCAGGACGGCUCCUGUUAUUUCAGCAGCGUAAUCCCUCUGAUCAACAGUUUGAGUCUUUUGACUCUGAGCCAGCUUUAGUGGCCGUGGACUGUGAGGGUUUGGGGCAGUGUGAGAUGUCUGAUUUCGUACCUGAUUGCACAGGGUUAGACCACCUUGGGUUGCUGCAACAAUACGAACCCUCUGAUCAGCAGUACGAGUGCUCUGACUCUGAGCCCGACACGUCGACAGAAGACUCUGAGCAAUGUGAAACGACCAUUUUCACUCGCAGUAUCUCCAACUCGAUGGACUUAUUGGACUGCGGGGCCGAACUUUAUGAGUACGAUGAAUGCACCAAAGAAGACGGCGGAGAGAGCUGUCCAACCGAAGGAGAAGGCGAGCAAAGUGAUAUCGAGCCUAUCGAUGACGAGUCCCUCACAUUAUCACAGGACGCGAACACCUCACAGUUCGACCGGCCCGUUCGGGUUUAUUUUGAGGACCGUAAAGAAGUUCCCUCGGCAAGUGACUGCUGUGAGACGCACCAGCUCGCUGAGGAGAACUUGGCGCAAGCCCUAUCCACCGAGGACUGUGUAGUGUGGGGAACGGCCUAUUCCGACACAAGCCAAGAGCGUGACGAAGAGAGUGCUACUCCGGAGCAGUCUGAGUUUGGGGAGGAAGAAGAAGAUUCUUCAGAUUGCUCUUCCAUUGAAACCAAAUCCUUCAAGACCUGUCCCGACGGCAGCAUUGCCUCAGACCACUGCUCUGAUUCAUCCGGGGAAUCCGAGCAAGCCGCUCAGGAGGAUUCAACCGAUGAGCACACACAGUGGGAAUCUUUUGAGGACGACGAUGAAACGCUCCAAAGCGAUAUUGACGGAAGCGACGAGGGCGAAAAGAAAACGCCCGCCGCUGACUCUGUUGUCGAGGACUUUUUUGAUCUGUUCGACAGCGGUGACUUCUACGGGCGCGCGUUUGCACAGAAGCAGCAUUACAUCUCUUGCUUCGACGGUGGAGACAUCCACGACCGCCUGCACCUUGAAGACGACCGACGCAAGGCGCAGACGCUGGCUGAAAAAAAUGCGUUUGAAUCUGAAGAAGUCAGUGAGGACAUUCAUGUGCAGGAAACCGAUGCAUGUUUGGAUGCUCUGGAAGAAGCUUAUGAAGAUACUUGGGAGGAAGAUACAAGCCAGAGAGGUGUUGCCUCUUUUGAGUCCGAUGACGACUCGGGUCUAGCUGGGGAUGAAGUUGAGGAAAAUGAAUCUCAGUUGCAUACAGAGGAAGAUGAGAACCCUCCGUUUGACAGCCAUGUUUCUGAAAUCGAUACUGAAGAAAAAGAAGAAGAAGAAGAUGACAAAGAAGAAGCUGAGCUGUGCCUGUUUUCUGUUAAGGAAAGUAGUAGUAGCCCAUGUGCAGGGGAAAUCUCUGUUGAAGAUGACGCUUAUGAAGAUGAAGCAUUUGCCGCUCGGCAUUAUGAAUCUCUUCAGGUCAAUACCGCUACCACUAAUGAUUUACUGGCUACUGUCUCUGAGCCUGAAGACCAAGCACUUGACGCUUGUUCCGAGCUGGAGCCAUAUUGGUCACUUGUUGAUCAGGAGGGCGACGGGGAGACGUUUGAGCUCAGUGUCGAGGAAUACUAUGCAAAUCAGAUAAAAAGCAUCCAGUCAUCUGUCAAACAAGCCCUGAAUGGAUUUAUCCUGCAAAGAACAUUGUGCGAUCAUGUAAUCCACAGGGAUGCUUCAGAGGAGUGCAAAGAGGUCCAAUUUGGAAUUACCAAAGUUAUCACACUGAGGGAUGAUUCGGCCAACGGCUCCGUUGGGGAAAAAGCCACCGAAGAAAAAGCUCCCGAAUCAGCCUGUGACCGUGAAUUCAGUGACGUGUCAAUAGCAAUAAAUCCUACUUUGGAUAUUAUUCACAGUGUUGUCUCACAACUUACAAAAAACGAGGGAAGGGUUGUGCCGACGUUGGUCAGAAGGCCCGAGGGAAACGAGGCCUCAGAAGAAGGCGUGGAUUCAGAAGAGGAGCAGAGUGAUGACGAGUCCACCGAGCCUUGCCAAUGCGAGUACUGCCUUCCACCAAUCCAGGAGCUACCGGCCAAACCUCUGCUGCCACAGCUGAAAUUGAAUGAUGCAGGAAAGAUCUGUGUGGUCAUUGAUUUGGAUGAAACUCUAGUGCACAGUUCAUUUAAGCCAGUGAACAAUGCUGAUUUUAUCAUUCCAGUGGAAAUUGAUGGAACGGUUCACCAGGUGUACGUGUUGAAGAGACCCCACGUCGAUGAAUUCCUCAGAAGGAUGGGGGAGCUGUUCGAAUGCGUCUUGUUCACCGCCAGCUUAGCCAAGUAUGCGGAUCCUGUUUCGGACCUGUUGGACAAAUGGGGGGCUUUCCAGAGCCGUCUCUUCCGGGAGUCGUGUGUCUUCCACAAAGGGAAUUACGUGAAAGACUUGAGUCGUUUAGGAAGAGACCUCAACAAGGUCAUCAUCAUUGAUAACUCCCCCGCUUCCUACGUCUUCCAUCCCCAAAAUGCGGUCCCGGUAGCGUCCUGGUUUGACGACAUGUCGGACACCGAGCUGCUCGACCUCAUCCCCUUCUUUGAGAGACUAAGCAAAGUGGAGGACAUCUACGAUGUUCUGCAGCAGCAUCAGAUGACUUCAAGUUAACGGCGGGAGGAUGUCGGUUGAACAGAAUAACCAGCAGCUGCUGUCACAGGCCCACUGAGGCCUGCUUCCAUUUACAAGGACCACACUGCAAAAUAAAUCCUCAUUAAAUCUGGUAUUCUUACCGCAUGUUGCAUCACAAAGUGAGAAGCCGUCCUGCAGGAGAUCGUGGAUCCAAUCCAAAGGAGUUUAGUUUUUUGUAAUGCUGGAUAAGGACUGAAUAUCAGAUUCAAUGACUCCUGUAGAUAUCUUUUGCAGUGCUGCUACUUUACUGUUGUCGUUUAGUGACAGCAGUGACCCGUGAAAGUGUGUAAACGCAGGUUGUUGUUGGGUCUUUCUCAUUUCAGAACAGUUUCAUAAGUGAUAUUACUUUAAUAAUAUGAGAAACCUGAAGUCAACAAGGUAUUGAAUCUUUAAACCCUACUAACUUGUUUCUGUGUUGCUGCUUAAAAUGGCCCAAUGUAUAUCUAGUAAAAGACAAUCAUCAACAUAAGAACAUUUCCAUGUUUUUCAAACAGACUUUUCCGAUGUGCACUUCCGUUACAUCUUUGGAAAUCUGAGAACAAAUGCUGUGUGUGUGGUACAGAACACCCUCAUGCUGUUAUUCAUUGGUUGACCUCGUAUCAUCAUCAUCAUCAUCAUAUCAACACACAGCGUUAGGAUCAGCACUAAGGAAACACAUCUACCUGUAUACAGCAGGCAGUGGUUUGGAUUCGGUUUAAAUGCUUUUGGACCUGUUUUUUUUGUAGCUUUUAGUUGACUUGAGGAGGAGGAGGAGGAGGAAGCUGUAACCUGCUACGUCCAACUAUAGACAUUUGAUUUUUGAAAGAGUAUUUUGAUCCCUUAACUUUUAAACCGUGCAAGAAAAUAAUGCACUAAUGUAAUUGCAGUGCCGUAUCGAGCUGUAAAUACCGUUUAACUUGUUCCAGACGCGCUGAUUUACUUCAACUCAGUCUGGAGCGAGUGUGUAUACGUGUGUGUACGUGUGUGUACGUGUGUGUACGUGUGUGUGUGCGCAUGAGGAUUUGUGAGUGACCACAUGCCUCAGUGUGAGAAAAAAGAAGAUACUUUUAACUUUAAGUGCAAACCCAGAACCUGUCU